ACAUUAUCAACAAGCAACUUGUGACAUUUGGCGUUGGCGGGUCGGCUUGAUAAAUAAUUUACAUUUACUUUGAGUAUCAAGUGAAAUAACUUACCGAGAUGCUAAAUACCGACACGUGGAACCCUGAGAAUACAUUAAAAAUCUUAAUAGCUUCGGACAUUCACCUGGGCCAUGUAGAAAGCGACCCGGUGCGCGGUGACGACAGCUUCCUCGCGUUCGAGGAGGUGCUGGCCGAGGCGGCGGCGCGCGACGUCGACCUCGUGCUGCUGGGCGGCGACUUGUUCGACCACGCCAAGCCCUCGCCCGCCUGCAUGUUUAAGUGCACGCAGCUCAUCCGCCAGCACUGCUUCGGUGACAAGCCGGUUCGCAUCGAGCUGCUGUCAGAUCAGCUCGAGAACUUCUCACGCAACAUAAACUACGAGGAUCCCAAUCUCAAUGUGUCGUUUCCCAUUCUGUCCAUCCACGGCAACCACGAUGACCCCGUGGGACAGGGCAGCGUGAGCUCGCUGGACAUCCUGUCGAUAACCGGGCUCGUCAACUACUUUGGCAAGUGGAGCGACUACACGCGCGUGCGCAUCUCGCCCGUGCUGCUGCGCAAGGGCUCCACGCAGCUCGCGCUCUACGGCCUCAGCCAUCUUAAGGACCAGCGUCUUUCACGCCUUUUUGCAGAGAAGAAAGUUGAAAUGGAGAUGGUGGAUGACAGCAACAAUUGGUUCAAUAUGCUUGUUCUGCACCAGAACCGUGCGGACCGGGGCCCAGGUAACUUUAUACCAGAAAAAGUGCUACCAAAAUUCCUGGAUCUGGUGGUCUGGGGUCAUGAGCAUGACAGUCUAGUGUUCCCAAUCAAGGGAGAAAAGAAUGAUGAUUUUAUGGUGGUGCAGCCAGGUAGCACAGUGGCAACAUCUCUAGCUGCAGGAGAGGCACUGCAGAAACACUGUGCUCUAUUAGAAAUCCAUGGAAUAAACUACAAAGUUACCCCAAUUGCGCUUAAAACUGUUAGACCAUUCAUCUUUAAAACCAUAGUUCUCUCUGAAGAAGAUCUCGGGGAGGAGGAGGUCAACGAGCAUGAGAAGGUGCAGGAAUUUCUGAAGAAUAAAGUCAAUGAGGCCAUUGAAGAGGCAAACAAUCUCCGCAGCGGGCAUCCCAAACAACCCACCCUACCACUUGUAAGACUGAGCGUGUUUUAUGAGCGGCCAAGCCAGGAUUUUAACAGGAUGCGUUUUGGUCAGAAUUUUACUGGACAGGUUGCUAAUCCAAAUGAUCUUUUAAUAAUGAAGCGAGAGAAAAAGUACAGGGAGCGCAAGGAGACAGAGGAAAUGGCAGAGGUAGACGUGGCGCGCGCGGCGCAUGAAGCAGCCGAUGUUGAGGCGUUACUGGCCGCGUAUUACGCUGCGCUGCCGCCGGCGCGCCAGCCCGUCGUGAUGAGCGCGCGCGCCGCCACCGAGGCCGUGCGCGACUUCACACUCAAACACGACGAUGGCGUGUUCCGCCGCGUGUUCGACGCGCACCGGCGCCGCGCCGUCGAGGCGCUGCUCGAUUCCACUGCCGAGACUGACGAGGAGAUCAUGGAGCGCAUGCGGCUGGCCAAGGAUGUGCUCGAUUCUACUGAUCUUGAUCAGCUGAAGAUGCUCGUAGACCUGAACAUCGUGGCGGAUCCUGCGCCUAAAACUAAACCGCGCGCAACCAGCAAAGCGGCUACGAAGACUUUAGUGGUACUUUCGAGCGAAGAUGAGGCACUGGAGGCGUCGAACACGCCACGCGGGGGCAAAGCGACGCGCUCGCGCGGACGUGGACCACGUGCGACACGGGGCCGACCGACGCGCUCGGUGCCGUCACCCGCUCCGACGCCAGAGCCGGAGCGCCGCGCGCCGCGUCGCGCCGCCACCAAGGCCGCGUGGCUGACGGGCGCCGCGGCCGGCCGCACGCGUAACUCCUCCAGUAUCGAGGACUCCGACUGAGCUGUACCGUCGUCGACAUAAAUAACCGACUAUUGACCUUUACUUUUUCCAACAAGAGGUCCAGUUAAUUCGUUUUUAUUAUCACAAAUAAUUUUGAUUAUAUCGCAAAGUUGUCUAAGACCCGUUUGCACCAACUCUCUUUAAAAAACAAUGUACAGAUGUAGUGUAGUGCAUAAUUUUCACAGAAACUUACGAACGUGUCUUGCUAUUUCAGUCAGUCUCGGUACUACUAACUAGCAUGACAAAUACGAGCGUUUCCGAGAAAAUACGAUGGAAAACUAUAGGAGGAUAAAACCAAACGGAGACUCCACGUCUGUAAUCUGGGGGCACGGCAGUGCCCCCGCCAAGUCAAGCAAAACAAAGAGGCACGGCCGUACCAUCCUUUUUUUUUAUGUAUUGAGAAACAAACAGUCUUAAAAUAAACAUAAGGAACUUAGCUAAUAGCUACAAAUUGAUUUUUUAUAGACCUAUAGUUUCCUAGCUCACAUAUCGAGGUACAAUUAAAAAGUAAUGAUAAAUAGUGCAAACUUGCCACUUUGCUUGCUUGCUUUUUUUCGAAGCCAUUCAGAAUUUUCAACGUCCUGUAAUUUUGUGCUGGCUAAAGCUAGAGCCCUGAGAUUUUCAGUGACAUAUAGGGCAUGAUAUGGCAAUCGCACAUAAUGCUUUACUCGUACCGUACUCCUAAAUAUGUGUAAUGCUCAAGCUGCAUGUGAUUAGCGCUAGCGUUAUGUUCAAUUAGAAAUAUAUUUAAUAGUUGACGAUGAUCCUUAUGUCAUUAUGCAGCCGUGCGAUGGCCUAGUCAUUAUACGUAUUAAAAAUUAAAGAUUUUUAAUAUUGAUGCGGUUUUAACACCCCCUGGCACUGACUAAAAUAACCGACUUGGUCUCACAUUACAUCUCAAAACUUUUUUGUAGUAGAAGUAUUGCGUUGCGAGACUGGCAUCUUUUUACAUAUGUGUUUGAUGGGAUUUUCUGUACAAAAAAGUCUGCCGAUUUUUGCCGGGGCAUCAAAUGUAUGCGUAACGUCAAAAUCAUACAUUGUGUAUGACCAUUGGCCGGUUAUUUUCGACAGAGCGGAACGCAUGUUAAUGGUUGCUCCGUUUGGUUAUAUCCUCCUAGGUGGAAAACAAUUAUGCACUACAUCUGUACCAUGCUAUUUUACAGUCAACAUAUGUUAAAAUUAACGAUUUCUAUUCCUAUAUGUUAUUAUUUUAUUAUUGUCAAAUUCAUAUUAUUUUUAUAUUGGUUAUGAUAAUUUCAUUGCAAAAAAUAGCACUAGUUUUGUACAAACAAUCGUCACCAACUUAUUCACUACUCUCCAAUAUAAAAUGUACAAAGAGCUCAGUCAUAGUGUUAUUUGUGCAACUGGACUCUAAUAUGUGACUGACUGUAGGGUCGACAGUGGUAAUAUGUGUAAUUAAGCUUAAUUUUUAAGUGAAAUGUCAGCUUUCUUUUAAUUCAAAUUUAAAGAGAAAAGUAACUUAUCUAAGUACUAACUAUUAAUAGAGGCCAAGUAUAAUAACGGUUAUCACACUGAUGCGGGUCCGUACGCCGCUCCGGUAUGUGAGCGAGACAGCACUUCUGCUCAUAUAGCGAUGACCCAUUCACACCAGAGCGGUGGAUGCGCCAACCUUGUCGAGCAUACAGCUGUAAGCUGUAAGUG